CCGCGCGAGGCUCCCUUUGUUCAGCCAUUUCGGGGGCCGCAGCGGCGCCGCCGGGGCUGCGGAGGGAGAGGUCGGGCCGCUCCCUCGCCAAUCCCCUGCCGCCGGGCUCUGGGAUGGUGUGGGCUCCUGGCGGUGUGGGACGCACCGGGCAAAGGCGGACGGCGGUGCCGGCGGCCUCGGAGCGGUCCGGGCGAGCAGAGGCGUGCCCGGCGCUAGGACCCAGCAGGACGCGAGGUGGCUCUUCGGGCCGGAUCACAAAAUUGCCGUGACUCAGUCUCUGCUCGGCGCGGAGAGAGCGGGAGCAGGUCGGUGUCCUCCGGCCGGCGGCUGUUGGGGCGCUUAAGGGGACAGUCAAGAUGGAGUACGAGUGGAAGCCCGACGAGCAGGGUCUCCAGCAAAUCCUGCAGCUACUAAAGGAGUCUCAGUCCCCGGACACCACCACGCAGAGAGCCGUGCAACAAAAACUAGAACAACUCAAUCAGUAUCCAGAUUUCAACAACUACCUGAUUUUUGUUCUCACGAAGUUGAAGUCUGAAGAUGAGCCAACACGUUCCUUGAGCGGUCUUAUCUUGAAGAAUAACGUAAAAGCACAUUUUCACAACUUUCCAAACGGGGUAACUGACUUCAUUAAAAGUGAAUGUCUGAACAACAUUGGUGAUUCCUCCCCCUUAAUUAGAGCUACUGUAGGCAUUCUCAUAACAACCAUUGCUUCAAAAGGGGAAUUACAGAAUUGGCCAGAACUCUUGCCAAAGCUUUGCAGCCUAUUGGAUUCUGAAGAUUACAAUACCUGUGAGGGUGCUUUUGGCGCUCUUCAGAAAAUAUGUGAAGAUUCUGCUGAAAUUUUAGAUAGUGAUGUGUUGGACCGGCCACUUAAUAUCAUGAUACCUAAGUUCUUGCAGUUCUUCAAGCACAGCAGUCCAAAAAUACGGUCUCAUGCUGUGGCAUGCGUCAAUCAAUUUAUCAUCAGCAGAACUCAAGCUCUUAUGUUGCACAUAGAUUCUUUUAUUGAGAAUCUUUUUGCACUGGCUGGUGAUGAGGAGCCUGAAGUACGCAAAAAUGUUUGCCGUGCUCUGGUAAUGUUGCUGGAAGUACGGAUGGAUCGCCUUCUUCCUCAUAUGAUUAGUAUAGUUGAGUACAUGCUUCAAAGGACCCAGGACCAAGAUGAAAAUGUGGCUUUGGAGGCUUGUGAGUUUUGGCUGACUUUGGCUGAACAGCCAAUUUGUAAAGAUGUAUUAUGUCGGCAUCUUACUAAGCUGAUACCUGUGCUGGUAAAUGGUAUGAAAUAUUCAGAGAUUGAUAUUAUUCUGUUGAAGGGGGAUGUUGAAGAAGAUGAAGCUAUUCCAGACAGUGAGCAGGACAUAAGGCCUCGUUUUCAUCGUUCAAAGACGGUGGCUCAGCAACAUGAAGAAGAUGGUAUUGAAGAUGAUGAUGAUGAUGAUGAUGAACUCGAUGACGAUGAUACUAUUUCUGACUGGAAUUUAAGGAAAUGUUCUGCUGCUGCUUUAGAUGUCCUAGCCAAUGUAUUUCGAGAUGAACUUCUGCCACACAUCUUGCCCCUAUUGAAGGAAUUGCUCUUCCACCCUGAGUGGGUAGUUAAAGAAUCUGGUAUCCUCGUUCUUGGUGCAAUUGCUGAAGGCUGCAUGCAGGGUAUGAUUCCAUAUCUUCCAGAGUUAAUCCCUCACCUUAUUCAGUGCCUCUCUGACAAAAAGGCUCUUGUGCGCUCCAUUACAUGCUGGACUCUUAGUCGCUAUGCACACUGGGUCGUUAGUCAACCCCCAGACACAUACUUGAAGCCAUUAAUGACUGAGUUGCUAAAGCGUAUCUUGGAUAGCAACAAGAGAGUACAAGAAGCUGCCUGCAGUGCCUUUGCUACUCUAGAAGAGGAGGCUUGUACAGAGCUUGUUCCUUAUCUUGCAUAUAUACUUGACACUUUGGUCUUCGCAUUUAGUAAAUACCAGCAUAAAAACCUGCUCAUUCUUUAUGAUGCUAUAGGAACUCUAGCAGAUUCUGUAGGACAUCAUCUAAAUAAACCAGAAUAUAUUCAGAUGCUAAUGCCUCCAUUAAUCCAGAAGUGGAACAUGUUGAAGGAUGAAGAUAAAGAUCUCUUCCCUUUAUUAGAGUGCCUGUCAUCAGUUGCUACCGCCUUGCAAUCUGGCUUUCUUCCAUACUGUGAACCUGUGUACCAGCGUUGUGUAAAUCUGGUGCAGAAGACACUUGCACAAGCCAUGUUGCAUAAUGCUCAGCCAGACCAAUACGAGGCUCCAGAUAAAGAUUUCAUGAUUGUGGCUCUUGAUUUACUCAGUGGUUUAGCUGAAGGACUUGGAGGCAACAUUGAACAGCUAGUGGCUCGCAGCAAUAUCCUGACACUAAUGUACCAAUGCAUGCAGGACAAAAUGCCUGAGGUACGGCAGAGUUCUUUUGCAUUGUUAGGGGAUCUGACAAAGGCCUGUUUUCAGCAUGUUAAACCUUGCAUCGCUGAUUUCAUGCCAAUUUUGGGAACCAACCUAAACCCUGAAUUCAUUUCUGUCUGUAACAAUGCCACCUGGGCAAUUGGAGAAAUCUCUAUCCAGAUGGGUAUAGAGAUGCAGCCUUAUAUUCCAAUGGUGUUGCAUCAGCUUGUAGAAAUAAUUAACAGACCCAACACACCAAAGACGUUGUUAGAGAAUACAGCAAUAACAAUUGGUCGUCUUGGUUACGUUUGUCCUCAAGAGGUGGCCCCCAUGCUACAGCAGUUUAUAAGACCCUGGUGCACCUCUCUGAGAAAUAUAAGAGACAACGAGGAAAAGGAUUCAGCGUUCCGUGGCAUAUGUACCAUGAUUACAGUCAACCCCAGUGGAGUAGUCCAAGACUUUAUUUUUUUUUGUGAUGCUGUUGCAUCAUGGAUUAGUCCAAAAGAUGAUCUUCGAGACAUGUUCUGUAAGAUUCUUCAUGGAUUUAAAAAUCAAGUUGGGGAUGAAAAUUGGAGACGUUUCUCUGACCAGUUUCCCCUUCCCUUAAAAGAGCGCCUUGCAGCUUACUAUGGAGUUUAAUCUCAUGCACUGUAGCUGCAGUCCCAUAAUUAGAGGUCCUUCAGUCUGGGAGACUAUGAGGGAGCCUCUGCACCCAGGGAAAAUGUUACCCUUUACUGGGGGGAAGGGUAAACCAGUAGGGAAUACAGUACAAUCCCAACCCUACUGGGAGGGGUGGGAGGGAGGUGUUGCCGUCACUGUAUUAAGUCGAUGUUGGGAAAUGUUUUAACAUCUGGAGCCUUUGUGGGUGGAAAUCUGUCUCCUAUUACACCUCUGCACUGGAUGUGAAGAAGAAAAAAAAAAGAAUCUAGUCACAAAACAGCACAUUCUGGAAUAUUGUGGGGAUUUGUACCAAAAUAAGAAACCAUAUAAUUGAACCAUAGGGAUACGUAAAGAGGAAAAAUAUUUUGCGCACAAUAAAGGAAACCUAAGAAUGGGGGUCACAAACAGUAAAAGGCUUUCUUUUUUGUUUUCUGUUUUUUUAAGUAAGGGUUUUCUACAUUAUUUCAUCCUGCUUGAGGGGAUUACUAGGUAUUUGCAUGUUAAUGAACUACGCAAACGAAGUUAGUACAGUUAAAAUGCAGCUUGUGUCUGUAUUAGAAACAGGCACUUGCAGUGUACAGCAUAGAAACCCCAUCGUAAAAUAAUAAAGGUUAACUUGGACAAAAUGAAGUAACUGCAAGCUGCCAAAUAAGUCACUCCUUUCAUUUUUUGGGGUAAGGGGAAGGACACUGCAAAGGAAAGAUUGACAUCUUAAUUUUUACAUUAAGGAAAACAACCAAGGUAGUGGAUAUGAUUUUAUUAUUGUACUUUCUUAGCUUUAAUUUUUAGAGUAAGGCAUUAUUCUUAACUUGCAGUUUAAGGUUCAGGCAUGUGUUCUGGCUCAUAGUGAUCAGAAGUAAUUUUAAUUAGUGGGAAAGUAGCAUGCUUGCAUCACAUAGAGUGAAAUUGGUAUACAUUUACCUAUGUUGCGCCAGUUUUGUGUUGCAGUUUACCAAUUCAAUAUAGCCCUGCAUUUAAAAUUCCUUUCUAAGAUUCUGUGGAAUUUAUUUUUAUUAAGAAUAUAGAUAUAAAGUACUGUAGUUAACGUUAAAUUAGGCCUUGAAAUACCUUUCUAGGAUCUGUUAAGAAUAAGAUUGAUAUUGUAUUGUGUGUAACCUGCACAAUGUGGAAAGCCGAUAUAGCUGUGCAAAAUAUUUGCCUCUGUGCUGUCAGUGUGAUGUGCUUUCUGCAUGGUUAUAUCCUAGUGAUUUUAUCAGAAUCUCUAAAAUGAGUUACAUGAUAAGACCCGUUAAAGGCUGCAUAAAUGUUAGUUGGCACGUAAAGACAAUUGUAGAAGUUGAUGACAAGAUUGCUACAUUUGUGUUUAUUCCCACUCAACGUAUUACCUUCUACACUUUUCUUUUUGUUCAAAGCAUGAUCUUAAAAGAGAUGUUUAAGUUAAUGGAUGUAAUGCAGGGUAUCUACACUGUAUUGGCGCAUGUUGGUGGCCCUUUGUGAUAUAGUUAAAUGCACAAGGGUGCAAGUUUAAAGCUAGAGAGUGAAAGUUGGUUUGGAUCCUCUUCAUUUCAUUUGUUUAGCUUUUCUGUUGUGUUUUUUUUUCUCUACUUACAUGUAUUCCUGUGAAUAAAUCCUUGUUAAGUUAACCCUUUACUUUUCCUUCCAUGUGUAUUUUCUUAUGUACUGUGAAUGUGAAAUCCUAACUGGUACACUUGAUCUUGUGUCCAUCUGAAAGUGGCAAGUCUUUAAUAAUUUAGAUUGCCUAAAGAGUAUCCCAUGAUGAUAAAGGAAAAUGGAGAGAUUUUUAACUCUGCUGGUCAGAGGUGAAGCCACACCUUUCCAUUUUUCAAGUGCUGCAUUAUUAAUCUGCAAAACAAAAUUAAGCCAUAACAGCCUUUUUGUAGAUUUAGUUUCUCACCUUUGCAUCGCAGAAUUGAUACUGGAUAACAAGUUUUUGGGUUUGUUUUUUUUGUUUGUUUCUUUUUGGGUCCCCCCCCCCCUUUUUUGUGUGUGUGUGGUUUUUUUUCUUUCCUUUUUUUUUUUUUUGUUUUGGGGAUUUUUUUGUGUGUGUGGUUUUUUUUGUUUUGUUUUGUUUUUAAGAACUUGCUCUUCUUUGCAUGGUUCUGUUCUUUGACUGUUGAAUGAUUUAGCCAUUGCACUGAAGUUUGAGCUGUGUGAGUGUGUAAAAAUGCUGUUUAAACAACUUAGAUUGUUUUUUUAAUGCAUGAUCACAUGCAUGUUUUAUGUCCCCCACACACACUUUUUUUUUUGGCUUUGCAAAUUUUAGUGGAUUAUGCCUGAAGAAUAGUUUGGACAUCUACUGUAUGAAGUGCAUUCGAUAAUGCCAGUACAUAGUAUUUAUUCAAUUUGAUCAAAAUUGCAUGUGAUAGCUUGCUUUCAAAUUACAUUACUCUGGUAGCAAACACAAAAUUCCUUCUCAGAGUUAAUAACUCUGAAGUAAAUUAGUUACUAGCCACUAAAAAACACUUUAAAAACAAAUUUUGAAAGGGAAAAAACCCCCCAGCCUUUAGCAAGGUGGGAUGUUAUUUUAGAGCCAAAUUUGCUUUAAUGUUAAGUGUGUUUGAACUUUAAGGAAGAGUUUCAGAGAAAUGACACUAAAGAGUUUGUAGAAUAGAAAGCCUACCCAAAUAAUAUGGUAGCUUAACAGUUAGAAUCUGACUUUAACUAAACUUCUUAAAUUUCAGAAAGCCCCUUUAACCAAAUAAAACCACUCCACCUCACCUUGGAUUAGCUUAGGAUGCCACUUUUGUGCAUACGUGUUUUAAUAGGUAUUUGUACAGAUGUGAAAUGAUCUGAUAUGACAGCAAGGAAAAUAAUUAAUUGUGGCAGAAACAAACAGUACUGACAAAAUAGUCUUUUGUAUCAGUAAGUUCCUGUGGUAUAUUUUAAAGCAAAUAAACCAUAUUCCUAAUGCAUAAUAAAGUACAAAGAUUUGCAGAAGCCAUUUAGGGUGUAAUGUGAGGUAAGAAAAGUUCUGAAACAGCAUUAAUAUUUAAAAUUGAACUAUUGCAUCAUGGGAUAUACAAAAAGCAUCUUAAUUCUUGUGGUGUAGUCUUGACAGUUCUUGAACGUUGACUGAAUGUCUAUACUGGUAGAAUUGUGAGUUUGUCUUUGUUACAUUCCAGUGUUUCUGCCUCUUGGCAUGCUAAAAGCACGGCUUACUUCAUUUGCUCCUUACACACUGAAUAAAGUGCUGUUAGUGUGCUAAACUACAGAAAUAGCCGCUGCUAAGUAAUGGUGUAGAUUUUCUACUUGAAUAUUUUUGUUGUAGGAACCUCAGGAGGUCAGUGUUUACUGUUUUUAUAUAUGCCUUUUUCCUGUUUUGAGUUUCCCUUUUUGAAGGAUUCUGAGAGUGAACAAAAGCUGCUGAUCAACCUAAGUUGGUAACAGAAAGUGUAUUUAAAAUCCUUAUAAAUGCAUCUUUUUGGCAGUUCUAAAUUGCUGUUAAAUUAGUCUUAAAUGAAGUUCAAUAUUAAGUUUUUUUCAUAACACAUUCAGGAAACCACUCAUUUCAUUUAGGGAAAAAUAUUAGGCUAGUUCAUUAUUUUAACCAGUGCAAGCAAGAAUAAUCAAUUUUGUAUUUUUUUUUUCCAAAGCUUGAUUAUUUUCUAAAUCAGUGAAUAUGUAUAUAUUUAAAUUGUAAGAAGCUAAUUCUUACACUUUGGUUUAUUGCUCCUUGAAGCUUGUACUCAAAAGGUCACUUUUAGAAGAAUGGGUUAAAAUUUGUAAUCAUGAUAAUUUUUAAAAGUUAUGAAGUAGCAUAAGUUUUGUAAUUAACAAUAUUGAUACACACUGUGAUUUUUUUUCAUUAGAACUUUUAUGUUAGCAUCAAUCUUAAUUACUUAAACUGCAUAUAUUGUAUAAUAGUAAAAUGUAUAUUUUAAAAAUUCAAGUGGCUUUCCUCAAGCAAAACUCAUUGCUACUCAGAAAUAUUCAAAUACUAGCUUUAUCUCAGGUGAAUACUCUUGUACCCUUUUUGUUCAGAACACAUGGUAAUAAAAAUGUGUCAUAAUUUUAUCAGUUUACGUAUUUCAUUUAGGCAGCUCCUCUUGUCUUAAACUUACUCUAAAUUAACCUACUGUGGGACAAUAAUUACUUUUGCUUCACCUGUAUUAUUCAUAUUGAAUGUAUUAACAGACAAGGUGCAAAAACAUUCUUCCCUUGAGGAGAAUGCAUCCAUAUUCAAACAACUGAAAUAUUUCUUAAAAAAAUGCUUUAAAUGCAACAUUAAAUUGGUAAUCUUUUGUUUCAGAUUUUGUCAAGGAAAGAAAUAACACUAACUGCUUCCAUACUGUCUCUUUCCUGAGGAUGACAAAUGCAUAAACCUUUUAUAUAGGGUCUAAAGAGUGACUUUUUAUCUUAGAUAAAGAUUAAGCUCUACAAUGAAAUGGCAGAACAUCCUGCACCUCUCUCAGAUAGAUGCUGAUGUAGUUUGCACACAUAUUUGUUAUAUAUUACAUAACCUCACCUUGAAUAAAUAAAGCUUGAUCAGUAGCUGUGUAUUUCACUCACCUAUGCAUUCUCCAGGAUGACUUGCAUCCAUCAGUCUUCUAGGUAUUCUUCUCCGAUAGAAACUGGGUUUUGUCUGCCACUGAUGCUUGCUCUUUGCACUUAAUGGGUGGAGCAAGACAGUUUUAGUUUAUUAUUUUGAAUGGGGAACUGAGGCAAGUACUUUGCUUGCCUUGUAUAUUCUGCUAAAAUAGUGAUACUCACUCACUUGAAUGUACUUACAUGAGGGAAGUUUGAAAUGGCUCUAUAAGAUAAAUCCCUGUGUGGUGUUACAGUAUGCUUUAAGUAAGCCAAAUCCACAUCUGAAAGAAUUCAGCACUUACAGUAUAGUAUAUUUUUUCCUAUAAACUAGUUCUGUUGUACUACUUUUGGGUUAGGUAUCUCUUUCCUUACUUUGCGUGAGCAACUAAAUAGGAAGGCUUGGGUGUUUUUUGUGAGGACAGCAAUGAGAAAAAAAGGUUUGGUAUAAGGAGGUUUAUUUGGCCAUUGAAAUCUGCAGUGUAUUAUUUUUCAUGGAAAGAGAGAGGUAAUUGCGUUGUACAUUGACUUAAUAAUACUAGACACUUCUAAAAUUUUAAAAAUUUAAAAUUUUAAAUUGGAUGAAGUACACAAUAUAGUUUUAAAGAAAGAUGACUGGAUCUUUCUGCUGACAACUUAGGUUGUAUAAGUUUUGCUUGAAAGCUUUAAAUCUGAUGUUUCUGUAUCUGCCACAAUGUUGGAAUGUUUCCUUCAAACAUAUCCUCCUGCAACCUCUCAAACUGUACUAAAUUGAGUGAUAUUUCUUGAAGUCUGCCUAUGUGCUAACAGAACUUCAUUUUAAAUAGAAUAUGGUUUUAAUUUUUGAUAAGCUGCUGAAUUUUAAAGAGUUUUUGGGGCCACCAAAUAUUUUGGAUCAUGCAGAGAAUAUAUAUUGUACUGUAGUAAUUUUGUAUUUACAUUUGUAUGAUGUGACAUAAUAGAUGUGAAUGUUAAUCACUGCUUGACUAUGUUAAUAAAGUUGUUUAAAUAUA